AUAUAUAUAUAUCCUAACCAUUCGUAUGAUCAGGUAAAUUUACAGUGUCUAUGCACUGAAAAGCCAAUUCAAGUCCCCGGUUGGGUUACAGUUCACAGACUUCGAAGAGAGAGAGAGGGAGAGUUCAUAGAUUUAUCGAUCAUGUCAUUCUCGUUCUUCAAGCCCUCGAGGCCUAAAACCCCACAGGAGCUCGUGAAAGUGAUCAAGGACAGCCUCAUGGCUCUCGACACCAAAACCGUGGCCGAAGUUAAAUCCCUUGAAAAGGCCUUGGAAGAAGUUGAGAAGAAUUUUGUAACAAUGAGACAUAUGCUUUCUGGGGAUGGGGAGGUUGAACCAAACAUGGAUCAGGUUUCACAGCUGACACUUGAAAUUUGUAAAGAGGAUGUUAUUGCUCUUUUAAUUCACAAGUUACCUAUAUUGGCCUGGGAAGCAAGAAAAGAUUUAGUCCACUGUUGGUUCGUAUUGUUGAGGCAAAAGGAUGGCUCAACAAAUUGCUGUGUGCAAUACAUGGAGAAUCAUUUAGAAUUACUAGACUUCCUUGUUGUAUGGUAUGAUAACAAAGAAAUUGCCUUGAAUUGUGGAACUAUGUUGAGGGAGUGCAUCAAAGUACCCAGUCUUGCCAAAUAUAUAUUAGAGUCUCCAAGCUUUGAGUUGUUCUUCAAAUAUGUGGAGCUGCCUAACUUCGAUAUUGCUUCUGAUGCAUUUUCUACUUUUAAGGACCUCCUUACCAAACAUGCUGCUGCAGCCUCUGAAUUUCUAACCGCUCAUUAUGAUGAGUUCUUUGAGCAAUAUGAAAAACUCCUCAGUUCUGCUAACUAUGUGACAAGAAGACAAUCUUUAAAGCUUCUCUCGGAAUUUCUUUUGGAGCCUCCGAAUUCCCAUAUAAUGAAGCGCUACAUUUUAGAAGUUCGGCAUUUGAAAAUCAUGAUGACAUUGCUGAAGGAUUCAAGUAAAAACAUCCAGAUCUCUGCUUUCCACAUAUUCAAGGUUUUUGUGGCUAAUCCUAACAAGCCUCGAGAAAUAAAAGUUAUCCUGGCAAAGAACCAUGAAAGAUUGCUGGCAUUGCUUCACAAUCUCUCUGCUGGCAAAGGUGCUGAUGACGAGCAACUUGAAGAGGAGAAGGAACUAAUUAUCAAGGAAAUUGAAAGAGUGUCUCGCCUGCCUAACCUUGAAUCUUAGAAAAGGAAAAAAAAAUUUGAAGAAGAAGAAAAAAGAAGAUAGUGGGGAAGAAAGGAAGCAGAAAGGGAGUGUAUUGGACUGACAAGAACAAGAACAACUUGCUGCAGAGGAUUUUGUGGGAACUUGUGCACUCUUGUAAUCUUGAGGAAACAAAUUCUAAUAUAAAGACUAAAAAAGCAAAUCAAAUUGUUGUUUGAGCGGUUGAAUAUAUACAAGUAGUAACUAUAUGCAAUAUAUCUUUAGUUAUUUUUUCUUUUCA